AUGGCUACCGAAAAUCCUCUCGAAAACCACCUUGAAAAGCCUGCAAUUCAUUUAAUUUUUAAAUCAGCAAAAAUCGAUAACGUUCGUGCGGACGAAAAUGCUGAAAAAUUUAUCAGUAAUCUUAUUCAAAAGUAUAAUGAAGACAAGAAAAAUAUAUACAAACGGGUAAGUUUACACACAUCUCGUUGGAAGACUAAGUGGCAUGACGAAAUUCAUAUGGAAAUUUACUAUUGUAAGACUAGUUUGGAUAAAUCAAAUUCUAUCGCUCUUGUUAAAAAGCUUUCUAAUAAAGAUUAUACUGAAGAGUUUCAGGAACGCCGGGUCCAGUUUGCUUAUUUUCUCUAUUUCGAGACUAAAGGGUCAAACGAAAAUAAUUCAGAAACGAGAUGGAAUAUUUUUGCUUUGACCACCCGAUAUGCGUUUCAUCUCGUUCGUCCUUAUUGCGAUUACUAUUUUCGUACCAAGAUUGCUUAUAGAUUGGUUGAUCCCAAAUUUUAUAAAGUAGAAUCCAAACGAUUAAUUGGAGCUAAAGAAGGUGAUAUUAGUAUGUAUAGAAAGCCCUUUAACUUACGGCUCAAUAGUUACUUUAGUUUGUGGAUUUUGUAUAAGAAUUUUGAUGGGACUGUUAAGCGAGGAAGUUCCCUUCAUCGUGUCUUAGACCUUCCUGAAAAUGAAAAGAUUCAUCUUCAUGUUGGUGUGGGAAUGGUCCGUAUUGGAAGGGAGCUUACACUUGCACAAUACCUAGAAAAUGUUCUUCCGCUUUUAUUCCAAAUCAGUCAGGGUGGGAGUACCGAAAAACUUGACGGAACCUGUGAAACAAACGAUUCGGCUUUUGAGGUCUUUUCUAAUAUUCGUCGAAUAAAUGCGUCUGAGAAGCAAGAAUUAGACCGCCACCUCAUUGGAAUGAUCUGGGAAGCUGUUAAAUCGGAUUCCGUUUCUUCCAUUCCCUUCUUAUAUCUAUCCCAUCGGCUUUACCAUCAGUAUUAUGCAUCUACACGUUUAAAACUUCAAUUUAAACCCCCUGAUAAUAUUAGCAAUCAGAUUUGUAAGCGAAUGUUCAAGUGUUAUUGGGAAUAUCGCCCCACUUUAGAAGAACUCAUCAAACAGCUUCGACAUUGGAACCUGGAUAAAAUUUCCGUAAAAGAUUUUGAAAUUGCUAUCUGUUCUGUUUCCGUCAGCACUGAUACUAUACGACGUAAAUGCCCUCUUCUUCAGUAUAUUCAAGGACAAGCCCCUUUUCAGGGAAAUAUAUACUAUCGUAUGGAAGGGUCCUGGCUAGAAGCUUCCAAUCAACAUUUAGCGGCAACUGAAAGAAGUUUUCUUAAAAUUUUAGAUAAUUGUUUGGCGACCGAAAACAAUAAGAAGGGGCAUCUCCUACCUUACCCUUGGAUUUCAAAAGAAAAAUGGGUUUCUUUUUCUUUUCUUGACGUCCCUGAAGGAAUUUCACGAAAGGACUUUGAAUAUGCUAUUAUUGAUCUGACAAAUAUAGAAACAGCAAUCAUUGACGACAAAAAAGUAGUUCGGAUGGCCUAUCCUGUCCGAGCUUUACUCGACAAUCAAACACAAUCUACUUGUAAAAAAUUAAAGAAACGAUGGGAAGAGCUACGUGCAUGGUUAAACGAAUACCUUGAUCAAAAUGUCGAAGUCUCUACCUUAGAAACAGUAUUUGAAGAUGACACUGAUAAAUUUUUUAAAUUACUUCAAAAACCUUUCCAUAUACUCGAUCGUAAUGAAUCUGAAAAAGAGGAAAGAAUCGCUCCAAUUACAAAUGAUGGAAUAGUUCAAUAUUCCGAAUUAUCAAAACUGGCUUUUUCAACGGCAGCACCGGAAACUAUAAAGAAAAAUAUUGAAGAUCUUUCAAAAUUUCUUUCAGAAAAUGAAAAAGUCACAAAGGAUGACCUUGAAAAGGUAAUUCCAAAUAUAAGAUAUCGAAAUGUUGCCUACAAGUGGCUCCAAAGAAAGCAUGAAUUGUCCAAAAAUGCCCCUAGCCGUUACCGAUACCUCAUGCGAGGGCCUGUUCCUGAAGAGCUAUUAACGAAAGAUAAUGAGAAGGCUUUAAGAGCCUUUUUAGAAGACUGUCACCAAAAAUAUAGCCAAGUGAUGGAUGAAGAGCAAUAUAACCGCUGUUACCUUAAUCAUCCAGAUUAUUUAGUCUUCGAUCAAAUUUUCCCGGGAGGACGAGAACAAAUAGAGCUUUUUGAUCUCCUGUACAAAGGAGAUGAUGAAGAACUUCCGUACGCAGUUAAAGAAGAGUUUGGUAAUAGCACUGGAAUUGCCUGUAAUCAAAUUCGUGUCGCUAUGAAAGCUUUAACUUCAGCUAUCCAGAAUUCCGGGCAUCAACUCUUGCAUAAUCUUUAUAACAAAGUUGUGAAUACUGAACCAAAAAGUGACUUUCGUGUCCGAGCAAAAGAGCGUCUUGAAGAAAUGACAGCUGAAGAUUUUGUCAAUCUUUUUAUCGAACGGAAGAUAGUUUUUGUGUAUGCUUUUCUUGAUACUAACGAUGCCGAUCGUCGUAUGGAAAGCGAUUUGGAACUUAUCCAAGAGGUCACAGAGGAAGUGCUACAAAAAGCAGAUAUAGAUAAACCUCAACAGGUUCUUCAAGAUCUUCAAGUAAAGGGCUACCUUGAUGAAACGUCUAAGCUGACAGAUAAAUUUCUCAGGGAAAAGGAAGAAGACUUUAAAGGUACAAUAAAUGUCCCAGGGCUGUAUAAAAUAUUAAUGCGAAACUGUUCCCUUUAUAAAUCUCUGAUUGGAAAACUGGAAAUCAUUGAACUUUUUCAUAGCUUUAAAAAGACAGAGUUUGAAUUUCAGAUUCAACAGCUUGAUCGCCCUGGAAAGGUUGUAAAACGCGACAUUUAG